GUGUUGAUCUCUGCUUCGACUCUCUGAAAUACCUGUGCAUUGCUACGCCGGACGUGCGCGCUGCCGUGGAGCAAUUCUGUCAGGGAAGAAAAAUGGCAGCGUCAGUAAGUCGAGCUGGGAGCUUACUGAGGCGAGCUCUUGUCAAAGCUCGUAGCCCUGCUCUUCUGUGUGUAAAGCGGGGCCAGGCCAGUGUGUCAUAUGCUCAGAGCCUUCUGUCCCUACCUGGGACGGAGCUCACCACACUGGACAAUGGCUUACGGGUUGCUUCUGAGGAUACUGGACAAGCCACCUGCACCGUGGGCCUGUGGAUCAACUGUGGCAGCCGCUAUGAGACCGAGAAAAACAAUGGAGUAGGCUUCUUGCUGGAGCACAUGACCUUCAAGGGCACAGUGAAGCAUUCGCAGUCAGCUCUCGAGCGGGAAGUAGAGUCAAUGGGAGCACACCUCAGUGCCUACACCACCCGCGAGCAUACUGCCUACUUCAUGAAGACCCUCAGCAAGGACAUGCCCAAAGCGGUGGAGCUGCUGUCCGAGGUGGUGCAGAGUGUGUCGCUGAACGAGGCUGUCCUGGAGCAGCAGCGCGCGGUGGUGCUGAGGGAGCUGGAGGAGGUGCAGGGGAGCCUGGAGGAUGUCUGCCUGGACCUCCUGCACGCCACAGCCUACCAGGGCACCUCCCUGGGACACAGCGUGCUGGGACCCUCAGAAAACGCCAGGUCCCUGACCCGCCAGGACUUGGUGGAGUACAUCAACAGCCACUACAAAGCCCCGCGCAUGGUGCUGGCUGCAGCAGGAGGAGUAAAUCACAGUGAGCUGGUGGGUUUGGCCAGGCAGCAGUUUGGCGAUGUGCCUGUUCAGUACGAGGGGGACGCUGUGCCUAUCGUGCCUCCCUGCCGCUUCACCGGGAGCGAGAUCCGCAUGCGUGAUGACGCCAUGCCUAUGGCCCACGUGGCCAUCGCGGUGGAGGGUCCCAGCGCUGCCAGCCCAGACAUCGUGCCCCUCAUGCUGGCCAACGCCAUGAUUGGCAGUUAUGACGUCACCUUCGGCGGGGGGAAGAACCUGAGCAGCCAGCUUGCGCGCGAGGCAGCGGAGGACAACCUAUGCCACAGCUUCCAGUCCUUCUACUCCCCCUACAGCGACACCGGCCUGCUGGGCAUCCACUUCGCCACCGACAAGCACAGCAUCGAUGACAUGAUGAUCUGCGCACAGAAUCAGUGGAUGAACCUUUGCACCACCGUCACAGAGAGCGAUGUGUCCAGAGCCAAGAACGUGCUGAAGGGCAGCCUCCUGAGCCAGCUGGAUGGCACAACCCCGCUGUGUGAGGACAUUGCCAAACACAUCUUGACCUUCGGCCGGCGGAUCUCCCUGGCUGAGUGGAAUGCCAUGAUCGAUAAUGUUACCCCAAAGAUUGUGCGUGACACCUGCUCCAAAUACCUCUAUGACAAGUGUCCUGCAGUGGCUGCUGUUGGUCCUGUUGAGCAGUUGCCCGACUACAACAGAAUGCGCAGCGCCAUGUACUGGCUCCGAUUCUAACCCCUGACCCCCGGACCGGAAGAGUUCCCCGGACCGGAAUCCGUCCUUCCUGCUUCUCCUGUGAGAUAAGGAGGCAGAGAUCCGCUCUCAUUGGCUCAGAGGCCGCUGUUUGUGCCACCUGCUAUGCCUGUGUUGUGCUGCCAUACAUCUUCAUUCACUAUGACCUGCCCUCCAUGUGUCAGAGCAGGGUGGGGUUUGGUUUUAGGAUGGGGUGAACAUUGCCUUCAUGCGCCGCUUCAUUUGCUUUUUUUACUGUUGAUUCUUAUUCAAAAUUAAGAAAUGCAAUUCAAACCCACAGGAAUAAGAAACAAGGGAAUGUUGACAGAUUUUCUCAUCUUAAAAUAUCUGCAUCGUCUUAGACGUCCGUUGUACAGACAGCGUGAAAUUGGUACGCUGUGGGAAUUGCACAGUUACAACGAGAGGAGCAGAGGAAGGUAUUUUUCAGUUGUAAUAAUUUGCCUACCAUUGUAAAUAAACAAUUGUGAAAUGUA